AUGGGCGAGAGGCUGGAGCUCCGGCUGAAGUCGCCCGUGGGAGCCGAGCCCGCCGUCUACCCCUGGCCGCUGCCCGUCUACGACAAACACCAUGAUGCUGCUCAUGAAAUCAUCGAGACCAUUCGGUGGGUCUGUGAAGAAAUCCCAGAUCUCAAGCUUGCUAUGGAGAACUAUGUUUUAAUUGACUAUGAUACAAAAAGCUUUGAAAGCAUGCAGAGGCUCUGUGACAAGUACAACCGUGCCAUCGACAGCAUCCAUCAGUUGUGGAAGGGAACCACCCAGCCAAUGAAGCUCAACACUCGGCCCUCCAACGGGCUCCUGCGGCACAUCCUGCAGCAGGUCUACAACCACUCCGUGACCGACCCUGAGAAACUCAACAACUAUGAACCCUUCUCCCCAGAGGUCUAUGGAGAAACCUCCUUUGACUUGGUGGCCCAAAUGAUAGAUGAAAUUAAAAUGACAGAGGAUGAUUUGUUUGUUGACCUGGGCAGUGGUGUGGGCCAGGUGGUGCUUCAAGUGGCUGCAGCCACAAACUGCAAACAUCACUAUGGAGUGGAGAAAGCUGACAUUCCAGCCAAAUAUGCUGAGACGAUGGACAGAGAGUUCAGGAAGUGGAUGAAAUGGUAUGGGAAAAAACAUGCAGAAUACACACUGGAGCGAGGUGACUUCCUCUCAGAAGAGUGGAGAGAGAGAAUUGCAAACACAAGUGUUAUUUUUGUGAAUAACUUUGCCUUUGGUCCUGAGGUGGAUCACCAACUGAAGGAGAGAUUUGCAAACAUGAAGGAAGGUGGGAGAAUUGUGUCCUCAAAACCUUUUGCACCUCUGAAUUUCAGAAUUAACAGUCGAAACUUGAGUGAUAUUGGCACUAUAAUGAGGGUUGUAGAGCUGUCCCCACUGAAGGGCUCCGUGUCCUGGACCGGGAAGCCAGUCUCGUACUACCUGCAUACUAUUGACCGAACCAUACUUGAAAACUAUUUUUCUAGUCUCAAAAAUCCAAAACUCAGGGAGGAACAAGAGGCAGCUAGAAGGCGUCAGCAGAGGGAAAAUAAGAGCAACACAACUACUCCAACCAAGGUGCAAGAGAACAAGGUGAACCCCCUCUGCUUUCCUGCUUUGACUGAUUCUGGUGCUGAAGAAGAAAAGGCUGCAGCAAAUGCUGUGAAGAAGCCAUCUCCCUCCAAAGCAAGGAAGAAGAAGCUGAGUAAAAAAGGAAGGAAGAUGGCAGGCAGGAAACGAGGCCGGCCCAAGAAAAUGAACCCUGCCAGCACCGAGCGCAAGACCAAGAAGAGCCAAACAGCACUGGAGCUCCUGCAUGCUCAGACUGUGUCACAGACAGCUUCAUCCUCUCCUCAGGAUGCCUACAAGUCACCUCACAGCCCCUUCUACCAACUACCUCCUAAAGUGCAGCGGCAUUCACCCAACCAGCUGCUGGUGACACCUACCCCUCCUGCACUACAGAAGCUGCUAGACUCUUUCAAGAUCCAAUACCUGCAGUUCAUGGCAUACAUGAAAACUCCUCAGUAUAAAGCAAGUCUGCAACAGUUACUGGAGCAGGAAAAGGAGAAGAAUGCUCAGCUGCUGGGCACAGCACAGCAGUUGUUCACCCACUGCCAGGCACAGAAAGAGGAAAUCAAACGACUUUUCCAGCAGAAGCUUGAUGAGCUGGGAGUUAAAGCUCUGACCUACAACGACCUGAUCCAGGCUCAGAAGGAGAUCUCUGCUCACAACCAGCAACUGAAGGAACAAACCAAGCAGCUGGAGAAGGACAACAGUGAACUCAGGAACCAGAGCUUGCAGCUGCUGAAGGCAAGGUGUGAGGAGCUGAAGCUGGACUGGUCAACACUGUCACUGGAGAACCUGCUGAAAGAGAAGCAGGCACUCAAGAACCAGAUCUCUGAGAAACAAAAACACUGCUUGGAACUGCAGAUCAGCAUUGUGGAACUUGAGAAGAGCCAGAGGCAGCAGGAGCUGCUGCAGCUCAAGUCCUACACCCCCUCAGAGGAGUCCCUGGCAGCGCAGCUCCGCCACAAGCCUCACCUGAGCCGGGACCCGGAGCCUGAGCACGGCAGGUUCCAGCUGGAGCUGGAGUGCUCCAAGUUCCCCAUGCCCCACAUCAAUGGCAUGAGCCCUGAGCUCUCCAUGAAUGGCCAUGCUACUCCCUAUGAAAUCCACCACAGCUUCAGCAGGCCCUCAUCCAAGCAGAACACCCCCCAGUACAGCACCUCCCACCUGGAGCAGGAGAUCGUGCCCUGCACCCCCAACCACGGCAGCAGGCAGAAGGCAGAGAGGAUGAGCAGCUUGGCCUUGCCUGACUACACCAGGUUCUCCCCAGCCAAAAUAGCCCUGAGGAGACAUCUCAACCAAGACCAUGGAGUCAAUGGGAAAGCAACCACCAGCGAGAUACAGAGUGUGCUUCUGUGUUGCAGAGCUGAGCAUGCCAAGGAGAAUGGCCUCACAUAUCCCAGCCCUGCUCUUUCCAAUGGCAUAAAGCUGAGUCCUCAGGAGGCUCGGCCCUCCUCCCCCACAGCCAUACCCACUGCAGCUGAGAAGGUUUUGAGAGAGAGAAGCUCUGUGAGUAAUGGAGAAACCAUCACCAGCCUCCCCAUCAGUAUUCCUCUCAGCACAGUGCAGCCCAACAAACUCCCUGUUAGUAUCCCUCUGGCCAGCGUAGUGCUCCCUAGCCGUGUUGAGAAGGUGAGAAGCACCCCCAGCCCAGUUCACCAGAGCAGAGACUCCUCCACACUUGACAAGCAGAUUGGUGCUAGUUCUCAUAAUGGUGUAAGCAAUGCUACUGGAAACAAGCCACUGGCUCUGGCUACCUCAGGUUUUUCUUACUCUUCUGGCUCCGUGGCACUCAAUGGAAACCUUGCAAACAGCCCAGCCCAUCGUAACCAUAGUGUUGACCAGGCAGCUCUGGAGGACUCUGGGAGUCUCUUUAACUCAGUAGGGUCUCGGAGUUCCACUCCACAACAUCCUUUGCUAAUGAUGCAGUCGAGGAACUCUGGGCAAAGCUCCCCUGCUCACCAGCACUCCACCAGCCCCAGGUUAAAUGGCACAGCCCAGAGCCUGGUAGGGGUUCUGCAGUAUGCAGACGCUCAGAAGAUGUUUGCCGAAGGAACAAAGGGGGACCUGCAGCCUGAGGCAGCCUUUGCAGAUCCCGAGAACGAGGCCAAGAGAAGAAUCAUCUUUACAAUCUCUCCUAAUGCAGGACAUGUAAAACAAUCCCCUUCCAGCAAGCACAGCCCCCUGCCCUCGAGCGCUCGGCUGGACUCGGGCCAGGCCCCCGCGCAGGACGGCAAGAAGCGAGGCCGGCGGAAGAGAUCCUCCACAGGGACCCUCAGCAGCGCCUCCGGGGUCUCCCCCAAACGCAAAUCCCUGCCUGCUGUCUCUGGGCUCUUUACACACCCAUCAGGGUCACCACUCAAUAUCAGCUCCAUGGUCAAUAACAUUAACCAGCCUUUAGAAAUAACAGCCAUUUCCUCUCCUGAAAACUCCCUGAAGAACUCUCCUGUUCCUUACCAGGACAAUGACCAACCCCCAGUACUGAAGAAGGAGAAGCCUCUCCUGCAGACCAACGGCGUCCACUACUCCCCACUCACCUCUGAUGAAGAGCAGGGCUCUGAAGAUGAGCACAACAGCAGCAGAAUCGAGAGGAAAAUUGCAACCAUAUCAUUGGAGAGCAAAUCUCCCCAGAAGACUGUUGAGAACGGCGGCAGCUUGACCGGGAGGAAGCAAGCACAAGGCAACGAGAACAUGAACAGCAGCAAAUGGAAAUCGACUUUUUCACCAAUAUCUGACAUCAACCUGACCAAAACCACAGACAGCUCCUUGCAGUCAGCCUCAGCUCUGGGCCAGAACUCUCUGUUCACCUUCCGGCCACCCUCCGAGGACAGCCUGGCCCACGCCAGGAAGAGCCUGGCCAUGGCCUCCUCCGGGGCAGAUGGGCUCAGCCCCAGCACAAACUCCACCAACGGCUUCAGCUACAGUGGGGGGCUCUCAGCUGAGGGGGGGCUGCACAGCUUCAUGGAUGGUGCUUCCCUUCCACACAAGGCUGCCGAGGUAGCGCCUGCCAGCUGCUCCCUGCCCUUCCAGUCUCAGCGAAGCAAAGACGUGGGGAUGGCUGAGACCAAUCCUUUCCUGAACAAGAGGCAGCUGGAAGGGCUGAGCAGCACCAAAGGAGAGGAGCUGCCCCGGUCAGGGGGCAAAGGCAAAGAGCUGAGCGACAGCAGCGGCCGCGCGGGAGGCUCCUCGGAGAAGAGCUCUGCGCAGCACAACGGAAAGGUCGGCAAAGGGAGGGACCGAGAGGUGGAGUUCAAGAACGGCCACAACCUUUUCAUCUCUGCUGCUGUCUCGUCUGGUGGCCUUCUGAAUGGCAAAAGCCUUUCUCCUGCUGGUUCUUCAGCAGGCAACCCAGCAUCGUCUGUGCAGACACACCACCCCUUCCUGAACACUCUGAGCACUGGAUCGCAGUUCCCCCUGGGCUCCAUGGCCUUGCAAGCAAACCUCAACUCGGUGACAAACUCCUCAGUCUUGCAGUCCUUAUUUAACUCAAUGCCAGCUGCUGCCAGUCUGGUCCACGUGUCAUCAGCUGCAACCAGACUGACUAAUUCUCACACUAUGGGGAACUUCUCACCUGGGGUUACAGGUGGAACAGUUGGAGGUAUUUUUAACCAUGCGGUGCCUUCUGCCUCCUCUCCUCAUCCGUUUGGAGCCACUUUCAGCAGCAGUGCUGUUUCUAGCAGCACAGUGCUAAGCUUAAACCCUCUGCAGGCUGCUGCCAGCACCUCAUCCUCAUCCUUCCCACCCCCUUCCUCUCAUCCAGUCACAUCCAGCGAGGGCAGACCUGCUCAGCACCUCAGCAGGGCUCCAGUGCAAUCUGUUUUCCAUCCCCCUCCUAACGUUUCCCUUCCUCCCCCCCCUCCACUGCUCGCUCCUAACCCUGACCCUGCCCUCCUGCAGGGCCUCCCCUCCCUGCCGCCCGCUGAGGCGUUCUUGCCGCCCUCCUCCGCUGCUCCUGGCCAGCCUGCUAACACUUCUUUGUCUCUCAAGCUAGCUUCUCUCCAGCACAAAGCCUCUCGCCCCUCCUUCACAGUCCAUCACCCUCCCCUGCCCCGCUUGGCGCUGGCACAGGCCGUGCCCGACGCCGCUGGCAGCUCGGCCGUGUGGGUGGCGCUUGGCAUGCAGCCUCCCUACGCUUCGCACCUCUCGGGGGUUAAGCCACGAUAAAGAGCUUGC